AUGGCAGCCGCCGCCAACGCGACGACGCCGAACGCGACGACCGCGUAUCCAGUGAUCAGCUCGCACGCCGCCGACCCGCCGUACGCCAAGGCCCUCGUCGGUGUCGCUGUCGUCUUCGUCUUUGUUGUCGGGUUCAUUGCCUGCUACAUCGUUGUCCGGCGAGCCGCAGCGUAUGGACGCCAAACCAGCGCGCCACCAAGUGCUGUCGAGCUCGAGCACGACGAGCCGCUCUCGCCUUGGUUUAAGCAGAACACGUCGCCGAGCCACCACCUCGAGGCGUCCGUGCAGCACCGAUCUCGGGCCGAGAUGGCGUCGUCGUCGCCACUGGCGAUUGCAUCACCGCGCGAGACGGACGCCACGACCGGAACGAGCGAGUAUAGUCUGUACACGGACGCGAUCGAGCUGCGGCGAGGCAGCUCGGGUCUCCAGACGACGACACACCCGGGCCCGAGCCACCGGUGCUCGAUGCGCCGGAGCCGGUACUUUCGCGCGCCGCCAUCGGCCGACCCGAGUGGCGACGCAGCGACCACGUGCGCGAUCUGCCUGCAGGCGGUAGUAGCCGGCGCCACGAUUGCGUGCCGCCAUCGGUUCUGCUUCGCGUGCAUUCGCGCGUGGACCGAUGUUUCGUCGACGUGCCCGCUGUGCAAAGUGGACAUUCGUGCGAUUCUCAACGAAGCAACUCGGACAGAGGUCGUGAUCGCACCCAAAGUCCAAGCGCCACCGGCGGAAAAUGACCACUUUGCCUUUUCAGACGACGACUUUGCCGAUGCGGACGACGACGUGGCACUUGCGCUGGAUGCGGACGACGCCAGCGACGGCUACGAGAUGGACGGCUUCGUCGUCCCGAAUGACUUUAUCGAGUUUGAAGAUAGUCAGGACGAGGCAGAUCUGCGUACGUAA